GGCUUCUCCUCAGCACCUGGAGACUGCCUGGCGUUCAUGUGCCAACGCCUUGUCCCCUUCAUAUACUCACGUCGCACUCACCCCUCGCACCCAUUCCUUCUUUCUCCCACUCCUGCUGCAGGGCUUCUCCUCAGCGCCUAGGGACUGCCUGGCGUUCAUGUGCUACCGAGCAGCAGGGGAGAGCAGCGGGGAGGAGCGGCGGGAGUGGGUGGAGAGAGGCUUGGCAGCUGCCGUGAGUGAGAGUGCACGGGCAAGACUGCGAGAGCUGCAGUAG